UGACCAACAUUUAUGAAGAUUUAAAGCCAAAGAGACAGGGUUGCUGGUGGCGACGCUACAGAGCUUUAUCUUCUGAACUUAACGAGGCUAAGGCAUUAAAAGAACGGGUUUUCAAGUGGAGAUCACAGCCAUUAUUUUCCAGUGUUGAGUUCACCAUUUCAUAUUUCAAGUGCGUGCGUGCAGAGAUUGAGAGAAGUACGAUCCAAUAGAGAAUGUGGAAGCUAAAGAUCGCGGAGGGGGAAAGCCCUUGGCUGAUUACUCUGAAUAACCACGUAGGAAGACAAGUGUGGGAGUUUGAUGAAAAUGCAGGUACACCCGAGGAGCUCCUCGAAGUCGAAAAUGCUCGUGCACAUUUCUACAACAAUCGAUUCGUUCAGCGUCACAGUGCAGACAUUCUCAUGCGCUUGCAGUUUGCUAGAGAGUCUCCACUCCCUCCUCUUCCACCUCAAGUGAAAAUAGAAAGUACGAGUGACAUCACUGGGGAGGCAAUAAAGACUACGCUGAUUCGGGCAAUACGUUUUUACGGGACUAUUCAAGCACAUGAUGGGCAUUGGGCUGGUGAUUAUGGUGGUCCUAUGUUCCUUAUGCCAGGUCUGGUUAUUGUCUUGUAUGUAACUGGAGCACUAAAUGCUGUUUUAUCGGAAGCACAUCAAAAGGAAAUGUGUUGUUACUUGUACAAUCAUCAGAAUGAAGACGGUGGAUGGGGAUUACAUAUUGAAGGUCACAGCACGAUGUUUGGGACAGUUCUAAACUACGUGACUUUAAGACUUCUUGGCCAAGGGCCUGAUGGAGGAGACAAAGGAGCAAUGGAAAGAGGGCGUGCAUGGAUUUUGGACCAUGGUGGUGCUACUGCAAUACCUUCAUGGGGAAAAAUGUGGCUUUCUGUGCUUGGAGUAUUUGAUUGGUCUGGAAACAAUCCAUUGCCGCCAGAGAUAUGGCUUCUUCCUUAUUUUCUUCCGGUUCAUCCAGGGAGAAUGUGGUGUCAUUGUAGAAUGGUCUAUUUGCCAAUGUCAUAUUUGUAUGGGCGUAGAUUUGUGGGACAGAUAACAAAGGCUGUUAUCUCUUUAAGAAAUGAGCUCUAUACCAUGCCUUAUGAGAAAAUAGACUGGAAUAUAGCACGUAGUAUGUGUGCAAAGGAAGACCUAUAUUAUCCACAUCCUUUACUACAAGAUGCUUUAUGGGCAUUUCUUCAUAAAGUAGUGGAGCCUUUACUUUUGCAGUGGCCAGGCUCGAAGCUGAGAGAGAGGGCACUCAUGACAGUAAUGAAGCAUGUGCAUUAUGAGGAUGAGAACACUCGUUACAUUUGCAUUGGUCCUGUUAACAAGGUGCUGAACAUGCUUUGUUGCUGGGUUGAAGAUCCAAAUUCAGAGGCAUUUAAAAGGCAUCUUCCACGAGUUGCAGACUUUCUAUGGGUUGCAGAAGAUGGCAUGAAAAUGCAGGGAUACAAUGGCAGCCAGCUAUGGGACACAGCUUUUUCUGUUCAAGCACUUCUGUCAACUGACCUUCUUGACGAAUGUGGUCCAUUGCUUAAGAAAGCACAUUCAUAUAUUGAUAAGUCACAGGUUCAAGAAGACUGCCCAGGGGAUUUGAAUUUUUGGUAUCGACACAUUUCUAAUGGUGCUUGGCCUUUCUCAACUAGAGAUCAUGGUUGGCCCAUAUCGGACUGUGCCUCAGAAGGCUUUAAGGCAGCAUUGGCAUUAUCACAAUUACCACGAGACAUUGUUGGGGAACCUAUUUCAUCACAACGAUUCUUUGAUUGUGUGAACUUGAUUCUUUCAAUGCAGAACAAAGAUGGUGGUUUUGCUACUUAUGAAUUGACAAGAUCAUAUCCUUGGUUAGAGAUAAUCAAUCCAGCAGAGACAUUUGGAGAUAUUGUCAUUGACUACUCGUACGUGGAAUGCACUUCAGCAGUCAUUCAAGCUCUUGCAGCCUUUAGGAAACUAUAUCCAGAACACCGAUCCCAAGAAAUAGAAACAUGCAUCUCAAGAGCUGUUCAAUAUAUUCAAAAUAUUCAGAAGCCAGAUGGUUCAUGGUAUGGCUCGUGGGCUGUGUGCUUCACUUAUGGUACUUGGUUUGGUAUACUGGGAUUAGUGGCUGCUGGUAGAACUUAUGAAGACUGUUCAAGUAUUCAAAAAGCUUGUGAUUUUCUUCUUUCCAAGCAACUUCCUUGUGGUGGUUGGGGAGAAAGUUAUCGCUCAUGCCAAGAUAAGGUGUACACAAAUUUAGAAGGUGGAAGAACACACAUAGUAAAUACAGGAUGGGCUAUGCUGUCUCUUAUUCGUGCUGGUCAGGCUAAAAGAGAACCAGAAGUUCUUCACCGUGCAGCAAUUUCGCUUGUUAAUUCACAGAUGCAGAAUGGCGAUUUUCCACAACAGGAAAUUAUGGGCGUUUUCAAUAGAAACUGUAUGAUCUCAUAUUCUGCUUACCGUAAUAUUUUCCCAAUAUGGGCUCUUGGGGAAUACCAUCGUCAUGUACUUAGAUCAUAAUGCAUAUAAUUCCCUGCAUUGUUUAAAUGCAGUUUUGUAAUUUGUUCUCCAGCAAUCAACAUAGGUCUUUGUAAAAAGAUGGGGAGAGAUUGUCAAUUUUAGAAUGAAUAGACCAAUUAUCGUGGCCUUUGUCAAGCUCUCCAGUUCGUAAGUCUAGUCCUGAUUGGAAUAAUAGUGUUAAAUUUCAUGUAGGUUGUCCUUAUGCUUUUGUAUGGGACUUAUAAAGGCAGGUACUAGGAGAAUCUUUCAAGUUUAUCUUAUUCAUUUCCUUCUUAAUAAAAAAUCUUGAAACAAUUCUGAGCACAAAAAGCCUGCUUUUUUAGAUCUUGGCAUUUAUUAGUUUUGUAUCCUUUUUACAAUUCAAUUUCGUUGUAAACAUAAACUCAUAAAGGUUGUAGAUGGAGUAUGUAACAAUGAUGAAAGCCAAUAUAUACCCAUCAAUGAUUAUCUUUUUUUUUGUCAUA